AGAAUCUAAAUUGAUGAAUAUUUGGCUCAAGUGUAUUUGGUUCAAGUGUUUUUGGUCCGAGUGUUUUCGGUUCAGGUGUUUCUGGUUCAAGUGCUUUCGGUUCAGGUGUUUUCUGUUCGGAGCUUGGGGGGGCGUUGCUGAUUUUUUGUUAUGCAUGAGGGAGAGGGCUUAGGGCCUACAAGCUACAGCGUUAUUUAUCAUUUUUAUGCAUGAGCAUGCACCAACAAGAAAACUAGGGCAAGUACGGGCACGGUGGAUGACGUCAACGGCCAGUUAUUAAUACAGGCACCAAAAACCUUUACUUUCUUGGUUCCGCUUCCUUCUGUUUUUGUCUUUCUACCCGACUCGUUGAAUAUUGGUUACGAAUUCAGGCCUGGGGUCAGUUAGAUAGUCGAGGUUAAUCUAUCUCGAUUGCCUCUUAUUUCUUUUUGUAAUUUUUUCAACGUAAAUGAUGAGAAGUUAUUGAAGUAGUUCGAAAUCGAAUAUAAUGAAAAGUGACUUCAGCUUAGAGUGAGGUUGUAGGGCGCCGAUGUUCUUCUCCCCGUGCCAUCCGACCUGCCGUGCCAUCCGACGUGCCGCCUUUCAUCUGAAGGGAAACAAGACUGCAGAGGGUGGUGGUAGUUUUUCACUAGUAACCCGAUUCAUGAGGUAGAAGAGACUGCGUCGCUAGUUGCGAUUGCGGAUAUUUCUGGUCUUCAAGGAGGAGCACCUAUGAAGAUCACUAGUUCAAGUAUAAUUGGUGCUAUGCCGAGUAUCAUGCCAGGUAGAUGGCUUCUUUCAUCAAGGGUGGAUGACCAUGAAGAUGAGAAAAAACGAUCAUGCUGCAUUCAGUGAAUACCACCAGCGGAACAAUAUUAGUGGAAAUAUCCUACUUCUUCUAACAUAUUAGCCUAUCAGUCUGAUGAUCGAUGCAAAGCGCUGUCUGUCAAGUCUCUGGAGGGACGGAGGUCUCCUUGAAUAUGUUAGCUUAUUUGAUAUUUGCAUUUUGAUAAUAGGUAGUUUUGACCUUCAUCAAUGCAACAAACUGAGGAGACACCAUUACGUUUCUGCUUCCUUAUGGGACGCACGCGGAUCGUCUCCCAUGUCGCUGCUGAUAACGAAUAUAUGUAAAAUGCUAGGCUUUAAUGUUUUUUGCAAUGAGUUGGAAAAAGUUACUAGAACUAGAAGGUUGAUGAUCUUUCUUCUGGCCCACAAGGGGUUCAGCAGCAAAAUGCUGGGUGCUGCCGUUGCUGGAUGA